AUGAGAGUGCCAGACAUUGCCGUAACCUAUACGGUCGUCAAGAACAGCACACUCUAUGUCAACGGUGGCAGAGAAACAUUUAUCGACGUGAAAGCAAAUGGUAGCUCAUCAGAGCAGUUUGGCAACAUUACAGGGUUACAGACUGGCACGGCGCCUCCGGUGCUCUCACGCGGGGCACUGUUCUACAGUUCAGCCAAUGACAGCAACAUCUAUCUCUGGGGCGGAACAACUUCAUAUUCGAAUACGAGCUUCCCAGGCUACGAGGCCCCAAUUCCACAAGAAUACUCAUUGUGGUUGUUUGACAUUUCGACUCAGGGAUCGGUCCAAUAUGACUUGACGCUUGGCAGUGCAAACAGACCAAGCUAUGGAUCGUUUACCAAUGCAGAAGAGCUAGGCUUAGGAUUCUAUUUCAAUGGGGAACUCGACUCGGGCUGCGAGAUCCAGACGCAGAUUUAUGGAGACGGUGUGAAGCAUUUAAUUGGAGGCAUGAUUGUUGUUGACUUGAUAGCAGGCAAGCAACAGAACGUCGCCAAUACUACAGGUAUCAUAAGUCCGCAUAUCGAGAAUUUGCUACCGAUGGACGAGAUUGACAUCUUUGACGUUGCUUCCUACUACAACGACAGUACCCCGCAUGGCACUUGGUACAAGCAGACAACGAGCGGAGCCACUCCAGAUCCGCGCAUUGAUUUAUACCUCAUCCUAGCAUCUGCUCCUGAUGGAAGCAGCCACAACGUGUGA